UCCUCUUUGAACACCAAACCAAUCUUCACGCCGCCGAGAGAAACCGACACAGAGAGAAAGAGAGAGAGAGAGAGAGGCGAGAUGGGGAAGGGUUCUAAGAGUUCAAGGAAAGGGAAGAAAGCAUGGAGAGUUAACAUAAGCACCGAGGACAUCGAAGACUUCUUCGACAAAACCACCAAAGACGCUCUCUCCGGUGGCAAUCUCUCCGCCGCUCCCAGCGAGGACCUCUUCCGCGUCCAGAAAUCUCACGACCUCCCGGUGAAACGUAAGAUUGAGAAGAACAGAGAGAAAGUGCUUCGGUGUGACAGUGUUUUAAAGAAGAACCCAUUUGUCCAGGUGGUGUCAUCUUCCAAGCCCAAGUCAAAGAUCAGUAAGAAGAAGAAGACAAGCGCUGUAGAAAGCAAACCACCUAAACAAGCUCAAAAUAAUGUUGAUGAUGAUUCUGUAAUGAUGGACUUGUGGGGCGAUGAUCAUAAAGGAGAACAUGAGAGCAACCCUAGAAAGAUUUGGAAAACGAAUUCGACUAUUCCGGCAGUAGAAGUUGAUCCUGCAGGAUGCUCAUACAACCCUACAGCUGAAAGUCACGAGGAUAUGUUGGCUGAAGCAGUUGCUCAAGAAAUGCAGAAAGUUUACAAAACCGAGUUAGGACCUGAGCCUGUUCCCUUGACUAUCGAUGGAAACAACAACAUCGAAGACGAGGCUGGUCUCCUGAGCGUAUGCAAUAGAAUAAUCAAUGGAAAGAGUACCUACUUUCUUGGUGUGGACAAUGGUAGCGAAGGUGAAGAAGAGGAAGCUGACGCUGCAAAUGAAGUGUCUGAAGCUGGGAAUAAAACCGCAAGAACCACAAAGAGGGUGACACGUGUGGUGUUGAACAAGCGAGCUAGACAAAAGGCGCUACGAGAAGAGGAGACAAAGGAGAAGCAUAAAGAGAAGUUAUCAAAGGAGAUUGACAGCUUGCCCAAAAUAAUAAAAGAAAUAGCCGAAGAAGAUAAGGAGAAACUGAACAAAAAGAUAAGACAGACCAUUGCUAAGGAGGAAGUGCUUAAGAUACGUCCUCCUCGUUUGGGAAAGCACAAGUAUGAGGCUCCUCCUGUUCAAGUCCUCUUAACAGAAGAGAUGACCGGUUCACUUCGUAAGCUCAAGGCGUGUUGCACACUUGCGAGAGAUAGAUUCAAGAGCCUGGAGAAGCGAGGAAUACUUGUUCCAUCAAAGACCAUUAGAAGGGACUAGGAAGGAACUCUUCUCACUUUGAAAAAAGCUUUUUGAUGCUGAUACUGUCUCAAUAGACAACUCAUAUGUGUUCAACGUUAAGUUUGGUUUUAUUGUUAUAAAUUGUGAGUUGGGGAGAAAAACAAAAAGAUAUUGCUACCAAUUUCUUUACUCAUAAUGUCACAAACAUGUUCUUCAGUCA